AUGGAUGAAAUGUGCCAAUACAUUAGCAAUUUGAAGUUGGCUGAUGUUCCAGUAACUCAGUCCCCUAAAAAAACAGGUUUUCUAGGAUUUCUGAUAAGCGUCACUACUUUGAGGCAAUAUUAUUCAAAAUUUGUUGAAAAAUCAGAAUUAGAAGGCAAAGAGGUAGACUCGGAACAAUUAAAGUAUAUUUUAACUAACAAAUUUUCUCAAGAUCAUCUAGAGCAUUUUUUCGGAGCUAUAAGAGCUAAGGGUGGAUUUAAUAAUUACCCUUCAGCCAGACAUUUUGAAGCGGCUUAUAAGCGCCUCCUUAUACAUACAGAGGUCACAGGACCAGAAUCUGGUAAUGUGUCCAUCAAAGAUCUCACCAUUCUGACUUGUGGGAGUGGACAUCAGGUUACAAUGGAUGAUAGUGGCAAUGAUUUGAAAAGUAGUGAAACCUAUUUGGAUUUUGAAAAAAAAAUUAUGAAUGAUAUUGCUACUUAUAAGUUUUAUUCAUCACAAGCCUGGAAUUUAACAGAUUAUGUUGAAGAUGUAGUUGGCUAUAUUUCAGGCUAUGUGGUGAGAAGUUUUCUGAAAUGCAUAACUUGCAGUCAAUGUACUAAGGUACUCGAAGGUGAUAAUGUCAAAUAUUUACAAAAAAGAAAAAAAUAUAGAGCAUUAACUACUCCCUCAGACAUAAUACUCCAAAUUUGUGUAGCUGCCGAAAAGUAUUUCAGAUUUUUUCAUAAACCUAGAGACAUAUUUAAUAAACAUGUGCCAAAUCUUCCUGCUAUUUUGAUUAAAAACACAAUGGAAACUAUAUAG